AUGCUGCAUCAUAUCAUCUUCAUCUUCACCCUCGUCACCGAAUGGGGUUGGGGCAUGUCUACCUCGAUAGACGCUCCUAUCUCGACUUCUAUCGAGACUCCCCCGACUGACUGCGAGGUUACUUGGGAGAGCGCUAAGGACACUAGAAAGGUUAAAGUGGAAGCCUUCGUCUAUACUCCAAAGGCGCCGCUCUACCACGGCAAGAGAUCUGUACGCAUCAAGUCUAUAACGUUCACUUCUGAGUAA